UAUUUAAAAUCCAUUUAUAAUAUCAUCGACACACAUUAUCAAAUACAUUAUCUUUUUUUUCUAUUUUGCGUUUUGGCAAAGUUUCCCCCGUCCAUUUAAGUGUGUUUGUUCACGGAUGUGAACUUUCAAUUUAUCGAAAGGAAACUUUAAUUAAUCUAGAAAAUCCAAUAAAGGUCUCAGGUUUAAUUUUUUUUUUCUUACACCACCUUGAAAAGAUCCCUCUACGCAAAAAUGUUGACUAGGAAUUCCAACAAAAAGCUCUUAGCGCUGAGAAAGAAAAAUAAAUUGACUAAACAUUGAACAUAGGACACAUCUCCUAAAUUAAUUAUUGCAUUUUCGGCGAUAAGAGUUCUAACAUGUCGGAAACAAGGACACAGUGUUUACACCCAAUAUCUGACAUCCAUUAAAAUUUUCUUGAUUCUAAUCCAUAAAAAAGAUCAUUUAGCACAGCCGUCAUUUUCCAAGGAAAGUGGGAUUCUCUCUUUAAAGUCACGCCUAAGGAUAUCUUUAAGGAUUUUUAACCUUGACGUUGAUCGUUGCAAGUGAAAAUCUGUUGGUUCCCAGGAAGUGUAGAAUUUGUUUUUGAAUCAAUUACGAAUGACCUGUGCAUUGUUUGUGAAGUGCAAAGUGUGUGUUGGCCUACUGGUACUGUGAGUGAACCAGAAAAAGACAAAAGUUUUACAUUCUCCUCAAAAUACAAGCAAAAAAGAAACGCUAUGGAACAGAGCACAGUUGGUAGCACUGCGACUACUACAAGACCCCCUAGCACCUCGUCCAGCGCACUGCCUGCCAUCACCAUCAUAAGUGUGACUAUCCUAGUCCCCACUCUCGUCAUCUCCGUCCUUGGCAACGUGCUUGUCUGCAUCGCCUGCGUGGCCUCCAAGCGUCUCCAUAGCUACACCAGCGUCUUCAUCGUCUCCCUAGCAACGAGUGACAUCCUAGUGGGCGUGGUAUCCGUGCCUGUCUGGAUAAGCGUGCAGUUAAAUGGCGAGCCGAGUAUGGUUACCAUGCCAACGAUGUAUAUGAUGUGGCUUUGCCUGGAUAUAAUCAACGGAACGGCAUCUAUAAUGAACUUAGUUUUUAUCAGUAUCGAUAGAUUUCUGGCGGUAUGUCACCCUUACCUUUACCAUAACCUCAUGUCACGUGCCAAGGUUGCCAUGACAAUAGUAUUCAUUUGGGCGUAUGCAGUCCUUAUAGCAGGGCUUUACCCGACGUACUGGCGUGGCUACGCGAUAUUCGUAUUUGUAUUGGCAUUCCUCGUCCCGUUGCUCAUUAUGAUCAUCGCUUAUUCCAUGAUCUUCAAAGUGGCAAUCGCGCAUGCGCGCUCCAUUCGUGCCCAGUCUCUGUCCUUUAACACCACAGCAAACCCGCGUGCCACGAAUAUCAUCCAGGACCUGAAGGCAGCCCGCACUCUUAGUAUCGUCAUCGGCACGUUCGUGCUGUGCUGGUGCCCUUUCUUCAUUCUCAACAUCAUCACCGUCUACUGCAAGUCUUGUCCCAUAUGGUUCUCAGUCGUGAUUGCCGUCAAGAUCCUCCAUUACGGCAGCAGCGCCGUUAAUCCCAUCAUAUACAGCUGUAUGAAUAGGAGUUUCCGGGCUGCCUUCAAAGCAAUUCUAACAAGAGGUGUCUUCCGUGGUAACAGGGUAGGGAGCCUCGACGCGGGGAGCACCAUAACGAGGUCGUUGCAGGUAUCACACAGGUAUCCCAUACAGAAGGAACGGUCAUAUAUUAAAUGAGUAGUUGGGGUACCUGUGGUAAGAUGAUAAACUACAGGAAGACUGGAGGCUGGAGGUCUUUGCGCAUAGGUAUCCCUAUACGAUCAUGUGAUUGACUAACAUGCUGCUUCUUAUUUCCCGACAGAGAGGUUGUAUGGGGCUCCUGUUUUUAGCUUUGAGCUUUGUGCUGCCUUUAUAAUAACUAAAUAACUAAAAAAAGAAAAGUUGUUAUUAUUCAUGUCACGCCUAUAACAAUUCCAACUUACCAUCAAGCUUAAGGCCUGGGAUUCCUGUGGUGCACGGGAGGCUGGGGAGAGCCAGAGCAAAGGGGACCAUACCUUUCCCAUCCCCGCAGGGUAUUAAGCAAACACUAGAAGUACUUGUGAAAAAGACGUUUUUUUAAGAUUGACACUUUCAAGGCGUAUUAUUAUUUUAAACCACCUACGUAUGAGAGUUCUUUAAAGUAUUUAACAACCGCUUUUAUUAGUUUUAGUUAGAACACAGAGAUGAUAGCAAAACAGAUCAUUACACUCUAUUGGAAAGAAAAAUUUAUUUUUUGGAAAAAGCAAAAAAAAAUGUUUAAAAUAUGUUUAUGUUAGAAUGGAACUGAUCUAGACUGCACUCUUGGUGCGGAUAAAAUAUUAUAAAACGUGAUAAGUCACUAUAAUUUGAAUUUGUCAUAAAAUUUGAUUCUUUUAAAGACAGAAAAUCCCUUCUCAAACCAUUGCAUACAUUUUUUCAGGUGAUUGAAAACAGUACAUAACACGGCAGAAGCUUUUGUUGAAGUUUCGAUGGUCUAUAAAUGACAUCAACCUUCAUCUCUAUAACCGCUAAAAAACGGCAGGACGCAAUGUGAUCUACCCUGGCAGACUCGAGUCGAAAUUUGGCGGAAUUUUCGUUAAUCUUGUACUUAGAUUACAGAUGCACGGCUAUUCAAAUCAAAACUAUUUUGGUGAAAACAACUGAAGCAGCAACUUGCAGUGCUACAUGGGUGAAAAGAGUUAUACGAUAAAUGUAUCCAGCGUUACAUGUAAAAAUUGAUUGCUUGAUAAAGAAGGUAUUAUACAUUU